AUGUUGCCCCCCCAAUCGAGUCCACCCCAGAAAUAUGUGCUCGACGAAAGCAGCUUGGAGCUGGACAUGACUCGACUGCAAAUGGAAUCGGUGGACCGCCAGUUUGGCAUUGAGAGCAGCUACUUGAUGCAAACUUAUUACACACACGACGAAGACGACGCAAUCUUGUUGGAUUUGACACAUGUAGACCACGGCAGCAACGAGGAAUCCACUCAAAUCUGGACGCAAGAGAGGUACCAUCCUCUGCGCAAGGGAAGAGUGACGACAUCAGGCAGGCGGCCGUUCCCACCAGACCCUCAGAAAGAACUCCAUCGCAGCAAGUUCAACUCCCUCGCUACAUCGUCCGUCACUCUGAACUUGCUUCAAAACAACUAG